AUGUCUUACCCUUCCGGCUCCGACUCCGACUCCGACUCCGGCUCCGGCUCCGGCUCAGAGGUUGAAAUGAGCCCUCCUUCACCUCGUCCUGGCGAGAACAAGAACUACUACGACCUCACCUGCGAACGCUGCCGUGAACUGGAGCGUAUCGAGCCGGUCAUCGAGGACGGCGACGAGGAGAGGUAUUUAUUUGAAUGUGAACGCGUCGGCGACGGAGAGUUCGGCGACGACGAAGGCAUAAAGCAACGGGUCAUCAUGUAUCGGAAGUCGUUGGCGAAAUCCGGCGGGUUUGAUGCUGACUGCCCUCCACAUUAUCUAACCCACAACGUAUUUAUCUUCUCCAGGGAGCAUUUUGAUGGUUGGGAUAUUUUCGAUAUGAAAGUUCAGGAGGCUGUUGAACAUGUGAUCGAUACAUAUAACAGAGAGAAGGGCAAGAGCUUGAAGUACGGGAAAACCUUGAACGUAACUGCAUCUCAGUAUAUGUUGUUUACCCUCUAUAUUACUUUUGAGUGCUCCAAUCCGCCGGAAGAUCCUUCUUAUGAGAAGUACCAAGCUGUGGUUUCCUGUGUUAUGAUUGACAAUAGUGUUGAUGAUAAGAAGAAGAUUCUGAUCUUCAGGAAGGAAUCAACCGGGAUGGAUUUGCUAGAUCCUGACAUGCCAACUGCUCGUUACAUAGAAAUUUUGAAAGCGAGAGCUAGAGUUGGAGAUGGAGGUGGGAAAAGAAAGUCUGAACGUGAUGACGGAGUGGAGGGUUGA